AUGGGCUCCUCUCUCCUUUCCUCCUCUAGCCAGGGCGUGCUGGACAUUCACGACGAUAAUGGCGGCGGCGGAGAGAUUGAGCAAGAGGAGAAGCCCGAACAGCCCUCCUCCCAAAAAAGGUACACCUACAAAUACACGACAUUAGAUGGAUACUUCCUCCAAGACGAUCCCUCAACGGCCGCAGCAGAGUUCGAUUUCAUGGCCACCAACUUCGGCCUCAUUGACCGAGAGUAUGAUUCGGACGAGACCCUCCCCAACAACGGCCGGGACAUGACACCGUGGCAGAGGUUCGAGCACCAUAUCUCCUGGUUGAACCGCGCUGCGCGGGAAGAGGACGAAGAUGAAGACAGAAAGGUAAAACGACACGGAUCCAUUGCGAGGUAUUUGCUCCUGUUCCUUGGCCGUCAUGGAAACGGCUACCAUAAUAUCGCCGAGCGCUACUACGGCGGUGUAGCAUGGGACUGCCACUAUGCGGCGCUAGACGGCGACCCAGAUGGGAUAAUGACGUGGAGCGACGCGCGCCUGUCCAAGGAGGGGCAGAGGCAAGCCAGGGAGGUCAAUUCGUUCUGGCAGAGACAGAUCGGGGAGCAGAAGAUGAGUCUACCGGAGCUGUGGUUGGCGAGUCCACUCGAUAGGGCGAUGGAGACUGCCGAGAUUUCGUUCACCGGGACGCUCCCCAACGGAGCCAAGCUGGAGGCGACCGUAAUGGAGAAGCUGAGAGAAGGCACCGGCAUCCACACGUGCGACAGACGGAGCGACGUGUCUAAUAUUCGGCAGCGAUUCCCGACAUUCGACGUCGAUCUAGACCCACACUUAACCGAGAUAGAUGAGUUCUGGGACCCCGAUCGGCGGGAACCAGAAAGCGCAUUGACGGAGCGCCUACGGGCGUUUAUGGACGGCCUAAUGGGCCACGAUGAGUUGAUUGCUGGGAGAGAAAGAGUCAGCAUAACCAGCCAUUCGGGCGCAAUUGGUGCAGUGUUGAGAGUGUUGGGCCAUAGGCAAUUCAGCUUGGGGACCGGGGCUGUCAUCCCUGUGUUUGUAAAGGUCGACAAGGCCCCUCUCAAUGACGACGACGACGAUGAUGAUGACGAAGAUAAAUCGAGGAUCGCUAAGAUGUCCAUCUCGAGCAAGAGCAAGCGGCAUGGCGGAUCUGGAGAGGGUGGAAACCACAAAGAGCCCACAUUGGACUUGCCUGACCUCGAGGAGGGCGACAACGACGACGACGACGACGACGACGACGACGAUGAUGACGACGAAGGUGAAGAAGAAAACAACAACACAAAGCAACCCUCAAACGACGAGCCCAACAACCGCUCGAACUGGGAACCCAUCCCCUCCUGUCCCGCAGACCUGGAUAUCCCAACUGUUGGCCACAGCCGCUGGGGCGUCGGGCUGAGAGAGUACCUCGAGGGAGUGGAGAACGGGACGGUCACGAUGGAGGAGGUGGCGUUUCGGUUUACGGCAUGA